AUAAACUUAAAACCGAGCGGUGGGGCUCGGUCGCGCGGCAGCGGCAGCGGAGGCCUUUUGGUUCUGCAGCACGUGACGGUCGGGCCGCCUCCGCCGCUGUCUUCACUGCAGCGCGGGGCCAGGUGUGCGGGUGCGAGAAGGCGCAGGCACUGCUGGUGGUCCCCGGGAGGCUCGAGAUCAUGGAAGGGAAGUGGUUAUUAUGUAUGUUUCUGGUCCUUGGAGCUACUGUUGUUCAGGCUCAUGAUGGGCAUGAAGAUGAUAUGAUUGAUAUUGAGGAUGACCUUGAUGAUGUCAUUGAAGAGGUAGAAGACUCAAAAUCAGAUACCAGUAUGCCUCCAUCUCCAAAGGUCACCUACAAAGCUCCAGUUCCAACAGGAGAAGUUUAUUUUGCUGAUUCCUUUGACAGAGGCUCUCUGUCAGGGUGGAUUUUAUCCAAAGCCAAGAAAGAUGACACUGAUGAUGAAAUUGCCAAAUAUGAUGGAAAGUGGGAGGUAGAUGAAAUGAAGGAAACAAAGCUUCCGGGUGAUAAAGGACUUGUAUUGAUGUCUCGAGCCAAGCACCAUGCCAUCUCUGCUAAAUUGAGCAAACCCUUCCUAUUUGAUACCAAGCCUCUCAUUGUUCAGUAUGAGGUUAAUUUCCAAAAUGGAAUAGAAUGUGGAGGUGCUUAUGUGAAACUGCUUUCCAAAACACCAGAACUCAACUUGGAUCAGUUCCACGACAAGACCCCCUAUACAAUUAUGUUUGGUCCAGAUAAAUGUGGAGAGGAUUAUAAAUUACACUUCAUCUUUCGCCACAAAAACCCUAAGACGGGUGUAUAUGAAGAAAAGCACGCUAAGAGACCAGAUGCAGAUCUGAAGAUUCUAACAGGACAAUGGAAAGGUCCUGACCCA